AUGAUUAGUCAGGGAUUUCUUCAUAGCUUGAUAUGUAUACUACGGAUUGCGUUGGAUCUUUUGUGUGAGGUUGCUGCUGGCGUGUUUGGAAUUCCACUGGGGUCACCGACGCAGUUGGUACUGACGAAAAAGGCGCAGGCGGCCAGAACGUACGAUGAAUGGAUAAUAAUUGCCCGCCAACUAGACGAGUUGGACGGAUUUCAGGCCUGGCGAUUAAAGGGGGAGUCAAGAUUCAUGAACUUUGAUGGACUUGUUGGCCGCAUUGGGCUCUUGACAACCCUGAAGAGGAAAGGAAACGCGGAGGUGUUGUUGGCUGUUCUCUCAACUGGCCUUCAGCGCUCGGUAUUUGGCAUAACGAAUCCAAAUCUUUACAGGUAUCUCUCAGGCACCAAGGCAGUCAUUGAGGCAUACAACUCCCUGCUUGUGUAUCUGAUUCAAAAGCUUGCACGGGACACCUCUGUUGAUGCGAGGAAAAGGUACUCUACUUUCAUGGAUGUGGCCCGUGUGUAUGGCAGCACAGCUCUUGUUUUUCACGGGGAUAUGAUGCUGGGGCAAUUUCAUUUUGGUGCCGCAAAGGCGCUUUGGAACGCCAAUUUGUUACCGAGAUUUUUCUACGGUGGAAGAACAGGUGCCCUCGUUUCAGCAUUUCUGUGUUGCAAACGAAAUUUGGCGGAGGUGUUUGAUGUGGACGAGGCUGCGUUUUCCACAUUCAGCAAGGCAACCUUGGGACUCUUUGACUGGCGGUGGCAACGCUUGUGGAACGAAGGAUAUUUUUUCAAUAUACACGUUCUUGUGAAUUUUAUGAGAGAACACCUGGGGGACUUAACAUUUCUGGAGGCGUAUCAAUUAACUGGACGUGUUCUUAACAUUGAAUACACCCCGGAAACUGUGGGUGUAUCGCAUAAAAGAGCUCCCUUAGUGCGGUUACUAAAUUACCUCACGGCUCCCAGCGUGCUUGUGUACAGUGCAGUAGCGGCUUCCUUUGCCUCCAUGCCACAGUUCUUUGAACGCUAUCCGUUAUUGGCAAAAGACUUGAAUGGUUGCGUUGUGCCGUACGAUCCGCCGGUCAUGGGAUGUGUGGGCAGACGGUCAGAUGGAAAAGUUGACGGACUUGAACGUUUGCGCCAGUUGUUUCAUAUCAAAUGUUUUAUCGUCUCGGAAUGUUCUUUCUCCCAAUUGCCAUUCUUGAGAAUUGCCGGCUGCACCUCCUUACCGGCCCGUGUGUGGCAGGCUUUCUCCCAGGAAUGGUGGCAUUUAUGUUUAUUUUUUGUUUCUUUUAUGCCAUUUCAGAAAUAUUUAUGGGCAUUCUUUUCAAAUGGCGAUAUGGACGCGGAAGAUGUCAUAAAAGUGUUUCCUGCAGCCUCUUUCUCGGAUUUUAUUACUUCCUUUCAGCUUCAGCCUUUUUCCCUGAAGGCAUUUCAGGAGCACGUGCUGCGGGGAGAAAGGGGGCUUUGGCCUUUUCUUGAACGCAUACGAGAGCAAAUUGCAGCAGAAUUUGCUUUGAACGAUGCCUUAAUGCAGUUGCGCCACAUGGAUGGAGCAUUGUCCGUGGAGGAUGAGAAUCCGUACUCGGGAUAA